GUCAGAGAAACAUGGCAGCUAGGCGAAUUGCACAGGAGACUUUUGAUGCUGUAUUGCAAGAAAAAGCUAACCGAUAUCACAUGGACCCCAGUGGUGAGGCCGUAGGUGAAGCUCUUCAGUUUAAAGCUCAAGAUCUUCUAAGGACGGUCCCAAGAGCCAGAGCAGAUAUGUAUGAUGACAUUCCUAGUGACAGCAGAUAUACUCUGGCUGGAUCUGUAGCCCACCCUCGAGACACUGGAAGAGAAAGCCUGAGAGGUGAUGUGUUUCCAGGACCUUCCUUCAGAUCAAGCAAUCCUUCUGUAAGUGAAGACAACUACUUUCGCAAAGAGUGUGGCCGGGAUCUGGAAUUUUCCCACCCUGAUUCCCGAGACCAGGUUUUUGGCCACCGGAAAUUGGGACAUUUCCGUUCUCAGGACUGGAAAUUUGCACUCCGUGGCUCUUGGGAACAAGACUUUGCCCACCCCGUUUCUCAAGAAUCCCCUUGGUCACAGGAGUAUAAUUUUGGUCCUUCUGCACUACUGGGGGACUUUGGUUCCUCCAGGCUGAUUGAGAAAGAGUGUUUGGAGAAAGAGAGUCGGGAUUACGACGUGGACCGUCCAGGGGAGGCAGACUCUGUGCUCAGGGGCAGUGCCCAAGUCCAGGGCAGAGGCCGAGGUCUAAACAUCGUUGACCAGGAAGGGGCCCUUUUAGGGAAGGGAGAGACUCAGGGCCUGCUUCCAACUAAAGGGGGAGUCGGGAAACUUGUCACACUAAGAAGCGUGAGCACAAAGAAAGUACCCACUGUAAAUCGUAUUACUCCCAAAACUCAGGGCACCAACCAAAUCCAGAAAACCACCUCAAGUCCUGAUGUGACCCUGGGGACAAACCCAGGGACAGAAGAUAUCCAGUUUCCCACUCAGAUCCCUUUGGGGCUCAAUCUGAAGGAUAUUCGGCUCCCCAGAAGAAAGAUGAGCUUUGACCUCAUAGAUAAGUCUGAUGUUUUUUCAAGAUUUGGGAUAGAAAUAAUCAAAUGGGCAGGAUUCCAUACUAUAAAAGAUGAUGUUAAAUUUUCCCAGCUUUUCCAGACUCUCUUUGAACUUGAAACCGAAACCUGUGCUAAAAUGCUUGCUUCGUUCAAAUGCUCCUUAAAACCAGAGCACAGAGAUUUUUGCUUUUUUACUAUCAAAUUUUUAAAGCACUCUGCUUUGAAAACACCCAGAGUUGAUAACGAGUUUUUAAACAUGCUUUUAGACAAAGGUGCUGUGAAGACCAAAAAUUGCUUUUUUGAAAUCAUAAAGCCCUUCGACAAGUACAUAAUGAGGCUUCAAGACCGGCUCCUGAAGAGUGUAACACCCCUGCUCAUGGCGUGCAAUGCCUAUGAGCUGAGUGUCAAGAUGAAGACCCUCAGUAACCCCCUGGACUUGGCUAUUGCCCUGGAGACCACCAAUUCUCUCUGCCGGAAAUCUUUAGCCCUUUUGGGACAGACUUUCUCCUUGGCCUCUUCUUUCCGGCAAGAGAAAAUCUUGGAAGCCGUGGGCCUCCAAGAUAUAGCUCCCUCUCCUGCCGCAUUUCCAAAUUUCGAAGACUCUACUCUGUUUGGGAGAGAAUACAUUGAUCACCUGAAGGCCUGGCUGGUCAGCAGUGGGUGUCCACUCCAGGUCAAGAAGGCUGAACCUGAGCCAACCCAAGAGGAGGAGAAAAUGGUUCCUCCUGCCAAACUGGAAAUUCAGGCCAAGGCUCCGAGUGGUGUGAGUGAUGCGGUCCCCCAGCGAGCGGAUCACAAGGUGGUGGACACAAUCGACCAGCUGGUCACUCGUGUUGUCGGAGGCAGCCUAUCUCCCAAAGAGAGAGCCCUUCUCAAGGAGGACCCUGCUUACUGGUUUUUGUCUGAUGACAGUAGUCUGGAAUACAAAUAUUACAAACUGAAGCUGGCAGAAAUGCAGCGGAUGAGCCACACCUUGUCAGGAGCAGAUCAAAAGCCGACAGCAGCAGAGUGUGCUGUCCGGGCCAUGCUGUAUGCUCGGGCGAUCCGGAGCCUCAAGAAGAGGCUCCUCCCAGGCCGGCGGCGGGGGCUGCUCCGCACCCAAGGGCUCCGGGGCUGGAAGGUGAGGAGAGCAACCACUGGAACCCAGACCCUCCUCUCCUCAGGCACCAGACUGAAACACCAUGGCCGGCAGCCUCCAGGUUCAUUGCAGGGAAAGCUGUCCCAGCCAGAUGGAAAUGAAACUGCCAAGGACUGCCCGCCUGACCUGGCCGGACCCUCUCCUGGGGACCCCAGCCCAGAAGCCUCGGGCCCAUCCCCCAAGCCAGCAGCAGUGGAAGUCUCUGAAGCCCCUCAGACCUCCUCUCCCUGCCCAUCUGCUGACGUUGACACGAAGACCAUGGAAACUGCAGAGAAACUGGCCAGAUUUGUUGCUCAGGUGGGACCAGAGAUUGAACAGUUCAGCAUAGAAAACAGCACUGACAACCCUGACUUGUGGUUUCUCCAUGACCAAAACAGUUCAGCCUUCAAGUUCUAUCGAAAGAAAGUGUUUGAGUUAUGCCCAUCCAUUUGUUUUACAUCCUCUCCACUGAACCUCCACGCCGGUGAGAGCGGUGAUUCUCAGGAAAGCCCCCUUGAUCCCAUGGAAGGGGAAGGAGAGUUUGAAGAUGAGCCCCCGCAGCACGAGGCUGAGCUGGAGAGCCCGGAGGUGGUGCCUGAGGAGGACGAGGAGGAGGAGGAGGACGAGGAGGAGGAGGAGGAAGAGGAGGGGGCCGAAGAGGGCGCCACUCCUAGAGGGGCCUCCAGGUCAGCAGGAGGGGCGGCCAAGUCCGAGGGCUCUGAGGGCAGCCCCCCCACCGAUGGCCUCCCGAGCGAGGCGGCCGAAGAUGGCCCACCUGGUGCACCUGCCCUGUCACAGGCCUCCUCGGGGGCCUGCUUCCCCCGGAAGAGGGUCAGCAGCAAGUCCUUAAAGGUUGGCAUGAUUCCAGCUCCCAAGAGGCUGUGCCUCAUCCAGGAGCCCAAAGUUCAUGAACCAGUUCGCAUCGCCUACGACAGACCUCGGGGUCGUCCCGUGUCCAAAAAGAAGAAACCCAAGGACUUUGACUUCGCCCAGCAGAAGCUGACUGACAAGAAUCUGGGGUUCCAGAUGCUGCAGAAGAUGGGCUGGAAGGAGGGCCACGGCCUGGGCUCCUGUGGGAAGGGCAUCAGGGAGCCCGUCAGCGUGGGCACUGCGUCGGAAGGGGAGGGGUUAGGUGCUGACGGGCAGGAGCACAAGGAAGACACAUUUGACGUGUUCCGUCAGAGGAUGAUGCAGAUGUACAGGCACAAACGGGCCAGCAAAUAGAUGAAACCAUUGGUGAGAAAACUAAGGCUCGAAGCAGCAAUUACUCUUAAAGCGCCACCUCUGCCCCGGAUCUGCCCUGGAGCCAGUGGCCAAGUAGGUUCGGUGUGUACACGAGAGGCGAGCGUCUCUGCAGCUCUGGUGUGGAGGGUCCGAACGCUGGCUUUUCUUCUUCUUAAAGGAAAAAAGAAUGCAGCAUUUCCGAUCUGCUUUUGCCUUUUCCCCUCUUCCAAAUGCUUGUGGCAGCCAGUCCCCUGCAAGUCUUUCCUGGUUCCCCCUCGGAAGGUGGUGCUGCCUUUGGAAGCACCGGUGCCCUGUUCGUGCUCAGGAACCAGCUCUGGGCGGGUCUCCCGCCGCAGGGAACCUUGCGCUCAGAGGUGCUCUCUUAGCAAACUUGGUGCCAAAAUGAUGACAGAUGGUGGCUUUUCGUUGCUUGCAGGCUGUAAAUAGGGGAUGUAAUUCGGUAUUAGCGAAGACCGCUCUGGUCCACAGCCUGCGGGUUGGGGCACGGGAGGUCUUUGAACAAGUAGAGAUACUUGAUUCCACAAACGUGGUAUUUAUGGAGGCUCGGCUCUUAAAUGCCUCCCAAGAGACGUAAUGGAAGUUCAGCGACAGGAUAAUAGAGCAGUAUUCAGUGGGGAGGAAUCAUUACGUUGAUGAAACUUCUCUCAAAUUCACAUGUCUCCCUAGAAUCCACAAACUGCAGUUUGCUUUCUUAAAAAACCACAUAUGGAGUCUCUUCUACCAACGGCUGGGGGUGUAAACUCUUCAAGAGGCUUCAUUUCUGGCCUGUGCAGCAGCAUGAAGAAUUGUGUUACCAGGGCCUUUGUACAGAACAGAAGCGGGGCGGGCCGGCAGCUGCUUGCUGUCUCUAGGCACAUGACGGCUGCCCUUCAUCUUCCCCCGGCGCACCCUCCUUGCAGCUACGUGCGAAGUUCUCAGGCCGUGGGGGUCUCGGGCCUUUCUCAUAAAGCAGCAGUGUGGAAGUUUUAAAUCCAUACUCAGAUCUGGGGACCUUGGGAUCCUGCUGACACUGUGAGCUCAGGGUGGGGGACGCACAGCAGUGAGUUACCGUGUUGGCCAAUCUUCCCUUUGUCUUGUGGAGCCCACACCCACCGUCACAGGCCUGUGCUGUGUCUCUUCGUAUCCGGUGGAGCCUCCAGGCUCUCCUUGCCCCUGGUUGCUCCUGUUGCGUGGGCACCCGGCAGAUCUUUAUGGCCAGGGUGAUGAUGGGAGUGCCUCAGCAAAGUCGAAGCAGCCUGCAGGGGCCGUGUGGUAUAGGGGAACCACAGCUGUAGGGGUUCAUCUCCUUUCUUUCCUAAUCCUUCCAGUAACUUUCCUUGUUGGCCGUGGGUUGAGCGCAUGGAUGGAACUCUGAGCCAACAGACACCCCUUUGACAGACUGCCUUUGACAGAGUGCCCCAUUGGCCCUGAGCAAGAUGUGGACUCCCCCAAUAGGUUCUCGCUCUUUCUCUGCAGCAUAGAUAGCUCUGACCAUCAUAUGCACGUUGUGCUAGUAUAUUCGUUCUUGGCUCUCUCUGCUUUUAUCUGAAAGUAAACUGCCUUAAGAAUUCCCAGGGUAUAAGCCCUGUCCCCACAGCCUCCUGCCACUCUUCCUCCUGGGGACAUCCCACUUUGAGCUGACCCUGGGAGCCUUUGGCACACGUCAAAGGGAACACCUCCUUCUUAAUCCUGGAAAGUCCUGUGAGCACUCAGGUGAUGCUUUUCCUGUGGGGCUGCAGUCAACGGGAGCCGGGGCGGAGCCUGGUGGUGCGUCCUCGCGCCAGCUGUUGGCCAGGGACCAGGGCGCACAGGCCCUCCGCGCUCGCCCUUGUCUCUCCGGCAAAGGCUGCUCCCAGGGAGUGUGCGUGCGAGCGCGGUGUGCGGUUGCAUAGCCUUGUCAAAGUCACAGUGUCUUUUCUGUCAUUCUAGUUCCAGGGUCUCUUCCGUGAGGACAACAGGCAUCCGGAAAGUGCUAACUCGCCACUUUGGGUGCUUACUGUCUCUGGCUUGUUUCCAACACUGGAAAUCAUAUAGAGAAUUUUAGCAUUUUUGGUCCUUGGUAAAACCUAGAAGACAUUUGUGAUGUUACAAAACGGAAGUUUUUUGUUUGUUUUUUCUUUUCUUUCUUUUUUUUUUUUAAUCUAAGAAGUUGUGAAUGUUGUUAAUCAUUUAGCAGUUGCAAUAAAUGUAGAGGAAACCCAA